AUGCUGAUUUUGAGGGCAGUGAUGAAGAUAUGGAGGGGCAAAGCAACGAUGGGGGGUUGGGGGGAUGGCAGUCAUGAAACAUACAUUGAUGAUGCAUUUGAUGUCCAUUCUGAGGAUGAUGUAUAUGAUUCACACUACCUAGGCAGCAUCCAUUCAUCAGAUGAUGAAGAAGAAGUAUUGAGGGUUCCAAGUCGUCCAAGGUAUCCCGAGUUCAAUCCAGAGAAGGACAUGAGCGAUCCCCAUUUCUGUCUACACCAAAAUUUCAUGGAUUUUGACACUUACAAGGACCCCGUGAAGAACUACUCCAUCAAGAGCAAGCACCCGCUAAAGUUUAAACAUAGUGACAGUAAAAGUGUCCAAGUUGUGUGUCAAACAGGUUGUCCAUGGAACAUAUGGGGAGCCCCGACUAAUGAUGGAAAGGCAAUUCAGACAAGAUCUUGUUCUCUAAAGCAUGGGGGGUUGCCUCAAUUGUCCAAAGAGUUGCAGAAGAUUACCAUUGGACUAUUUCAAGGUGGAAAACAUGGAGAAUCAGACAUCUUGCCAUAG